AUGGACUUCGGAAUGCUUGGCUACAUCCGGCACGGCGAGCCGGACCAGUAUUGGUAUGACUGCUCGAAGAAGACGUUACAACAAUGGUACGAGACUGGGCAGAGAAGACCGAUAUUGGCCAUCUACCUCGCGAUCAGUGGCAAUGUAUUUUUGACCACGAAAUGUACUCUGUACGGCAUUGCAGCGCAGCGUAAUGUAUCG